AUGAGUUCACUGCGCAAAGAUGUUUUGGCAAGGAAAGGAUUACCAACAGUGAGUGAAGAUGGAAGUAACGUUGCAGCAGGGACAGUUCCAUCAACGAGUAAAGGACUUCGUCGUGGUACUAUGAUGGAUGUAACACCACUCGAAUGGAAUGAAUUUUUUGAUAGGAAGCUUAGUUUGAACGUUAGCGACGGUGUUUUUUGCGUUUAUACAAAAGGAGACGUUGGACCCAUCUUUUACAUGCUUCACGGCGGAGGUUAUUCUGGUCUAACAUGGGCAGCCGUAACAGAGAAGCUUUCAUCACAACUACAGUGCCGAAUAGUAGCACCAGACUUGCGAGGUCACGGUGAUACAAUUACAACGGACGAGCAGGAUUUAUCUACCGAACGUCAAACAGAAGAUAUUGUGGAAAUACAUAAAAAUAUAUGUGCAGGCGAAGCAACUCCGACAUUUAUAAUAGGACAUAGUAUGGGUGGUGCCCUUGCAGUACAUGUAGCAGCUAGUGGUCGUUUAAAGACUGUGAUCGGUAUUGCUGUCAUUGAUGUUGUAGAAGGUACAGCUAUGGAAGCACUGACCACGAUGAAACAUUUUUUAAAAAGUCGACCGCAAAAAUUUGGAAGCGUCGGUGCCGCAGUAGAAUGGUGCUGUAAAUCGGGAACGGCGAAAAAUUCUCGAGCUGCUCGUGUAUCUAUGCCUGCUCAAAUUAAAAAGACUGGCGAUUUGUAUACAUGGAGAAUUGAUUUGUCUAAAACGGAGCCGCAUUGGAUUGGAUGGUUCAAGGGCCUUUCCAAACUAUUUCUCGGCUGUCGUGUACCGAAGCUUCUAGUUCUUGCUGGCAUUGAUAGGCUGGACACCGAUUUAAUUGUAGGACAGAUGCAGGGCAAAUUUCAAGAAACGAUACUGCCGAAAGCAGGUCAUGCCGUGCAAGAGGAUUCUCCAGAAGAUCUUGCCGAUACGCUAGCAGGCUUUGCGUUCCGAAAUCGAUUUUGUCGUCCAGCGGAUUUUUGA